AUGGGGUUGUUUACCAAGAAGACAGCAAACCCGGCCUCCACUACCCUCGAGUCGGUCAACCCAAACAAUGCCAAAUCGGAAGACACCACGGCAGUACCCAGCCAGAAUGUGUCGGAUACGGAGUCAUUGGGGAAGAGUAGAGAUGUAGAGACCACGGUCGUGGAUGAAAAGUGUCCCGAGGCCGACGAGAGGGUGGACGAUGCGACCAUAGGGACAAACAACACGGCCGUUCCGUCUGAUGGCACGCCGUACCAACCAUCCCAGACCGGCGAAAAGGGAGAACAGGAGGUGCAGGUUCACAGUGACGCAAAGAGCACAACUUCGGGGAGUGUCGUUGCUCCAGCAGGGCCGGGAGACGAAGAUGAACUGGUCUAUCCCGGAGGGCUGAAACUGGCCCUGAUCACUCUGGCCCUGUGCCUGUCGGUGUUCUUGGUCGCCCUCGACAACACCAUUAUCGCGACUGCAAUCCCUAAAAUUACCGAUCACUUUAAUUCCCUGGGCGAUGUCGGGUGGUACGGGUCGAGUUAUCUACUCACCACUUGCGCCCUCCAGUUGUUCUUUGGAAAGCUGUACACCUUCUACUCGAUCAAAGCCGUAUAUCUAGUCUCCAUCGUCAUCUUUGAGGUUGGAUCGGCCGUUUGUGGUGGUGCCCCAACUUCUGAUGCGCUCAUCGUUGGUCGUGCGAUCGCCGGUGUUGGAUCCGCAGGCAUUUUCAGCGGUGCGUUGGUCAUCAUCGCAUACACGGUACCGCUGGUGAAAAGACCAAUUUACACCGGUCUUAUUGGAGCUAUGUAUGGAAUUGCUUCGAUUGCUGGUCCGUUGCUGGGCGGUGCCUUUACUGACGGGCCAGGCUGGCGGUGGUGCUUUUAUAUCAACCUCCCUCUUGGUGGUGUCACCCUGGUCGUCAUCUUCUUUUUCUUCCACUCCCCGGUCCGCAAGGCCGAGCAGAAAGUCCCACUUCGAGAACGCGCACACCAACUCGACCUGGUUGGCACUGCUCUCUUCAUUAUCGACAUUGUGCUCUGCCUGCUGGCUCUACAAUGGGGUGGCUCCAAGUACGCUUGGUCUAACUGGCGGAUCAUCCUGUGUCUGACGCUAUUUGGUGUUCUUACCAUCGUCUUCGUCAUCCACCAGUACUUCAUGAAGGAAUUCGGCACCAUCCCUUUCAACAUCAUCUCACAACGGAGCGUGGCGUCGGCUUGCUGGUUCGCAUUCGCUCUUGGCGGAGCCUUCUUCGUCUUGAUCUAUUGGGUGCCCAUCUGGUUCCAAGCUAUCAAAAAUGCAUCAGCAUUCAAGUCUGGAAUCAUGUGCUUGCCCAUGGUCCUGGCACUGGUCAUAGCGAAUAUCCUCACUGGUGUGGGCACGACCGCGAUUGGCUAUUACGCUCCGUUCUACUUUGGGUGUGUGGUGCUCUCUGCCAUCGGCGCGGGUCUAUUGACAACCUUCGAAACAUCCACCGGCCACGAGAAGUGGAUCGGGUACCAGAUCAUCUACGGCUUCGGGGUUGGUCUAGGUAUGCAACAAGCUCUCAUCACCGUCCAAGCCGUUCUCCCGUUGAAGGACGUGCCCACGGGGACUGCGUUGGUUAUGUUCAUGCAAACAUUUGGCGGCGCGCUAUUUGUCUCGGUCGCCCAGAACAUCUUCAACAACCGUCUCAUGUCGGAAAUCCCCAAACAGGCACCACACAUCAAUCCCGCCAUUAUAUUGCACGUCGGGGCCACGAGUCUCAAAGACCAGGUGCCGGCAUCGGCGCUGCAUGGUGUGCAGACGGCGUACAACACCUCACUGACGCAGACGUGGUAUAUCGCCGUGGCAAUGACCUGUCUGCAGCUCAUCGGGGCCGUGUUUGUCGAGUGGAAGAGCGUGAAGGGCAUGAAGCCUGGAGGCAUAGCUGCCUAG